UUUUUAUUAAAUUGUAAGUUAUUCAAUGAAUAACGCUAUUUUAUGAUACGACAUUAAGAUGUCGCUAAAAUGGCUUGAAUGUAAGAUAACUUACACAUUAGAAGCCUGGUAUAUAUCUUGUUUAUUUUCUGAGGUCAGCUCAGUUUUUGUAUUGGUGGAGACCACUACACACCUAAUAUUCAUUUCCAAGAUGGCAGAUUACAAAACGUUGAAUAAAUCACAAUUGCUUGAACAACUUGGGCUUCGAAAUCUUCAAGUUCCAAAAUCGUUAACAAAGAAGCAACUAAUUACCAUUUAUGAGGACAAUUGCCUGGAGAAAAGCGAUCGAGGCGAAAUGGAUAGCAGUGAUUCGGAUGAAGAAGUGGACUUCCCUCGUAGGGAAAUAGAUCUGGAACCUACGAACAAUUCUACUUUGAUCGCCAUGAUCACUGAAUUGCAACAAACUGUGCAAUCAUUGUAA